ACACAAUACAGUGAUGUAAAAAAAAAGAAAAAUUCUGCUUCAGCUCUGUGUGUGGCAGCUGGAUCAUGGAUUGAGCGAUCAUUCUUUUACUUAACGAUCAGUUUCAUCGAUAAAGUUUGGAUUUUUCUGUGUGGGGUUUGCAUAUGCUUUUGAGUUUCCGUGACGUCUCUGUUUCUGCUCCAUCCAAUUCAAUCCAGAUCUUCUUUCGAGUCUCAAAGUCUCGCUUUUUACGAGUCUCUUAGGUUUAUCUGACUUGAUUUACAGACAAAAUCAUCAAAACUGAAGUGGUAGAGAUGGAGAAUGUGUCAGUGUCCACCUCCAUUACCAACCUCCCUGAUGAUUGUCUUUCCUUUAUCUACCAACGACUUGCUAAUCUCGAUGACCAUGAUUCAUUCGGUUUGACUUGUCAUCGCUUUCUCAACAUCCAAAACAUAAACCGUCGCUCUCUCCAGUUCCAGUGUUCAUUAUCUGUUCUCAACUCUCCAACUCUCUCUCAGAGAAACCCUGAUGUGAACUCAGAACAUCUCCAUAGGCUUCUCACUCGUUUUCAGUGGUUGGAGCAUCUCUCACUCUCUGGCUGCACGGCGCUGAAUGAUUUGAGCUUGACCUCUCUGAGGUUUCCCGGUGCAAGACUGCUUAGUCUUCACUUAGAUUGUUGCUAUGGGGUUAGUGAUAAUGGGAUCUCCACAGUUGCUAGCUUUUGUCCUAAUCUAAGAGUGGUUAGUCUCUACCGUUGUAGUAUCAGUGACAUUGGGUUAGAAACACUAGCCAAGGCUUCCUUGGCUAUAAGAUGUGUGAAUCUCUCGUAUUGCCCUCUGGUGUCUGACUUUGGAGUGAAAGCACUGACACAAGCGUGCUUGCAGCUUGAGUCAGUGAAGAUCUCAAACUGCAAGAGCAUAACAGGUGUUGGGUUUACUGGCUCUUCUCCAUCUCUAGGCUAUGUGGAUGCUGAGUCUUGUCAGCUUGAGCCUAAAGGUAUAGCAGGGAUCGUUAGCGGAGGUGGGAUUGAGUUUCUAAACAUCUCAGGUGCAGUUUGCUACAUUGGCAAAGAUGGUUUGGUACCUAUUGGGUCAGGGAUUGCAUCAAAACUUAGAGUCUUGAACUUAAGGAUGUGCAGAACGGUUGGUGAUGAAUCCAUCAAAGCUAUAGCAAGAGGUUGUCCGUUGUUACAAGAGUGGAACUUGGCUUUGUGUCAUGAAGUUAGGGUUUUGGGAUGGGAAGCUGUGGGAAAGUGGUGCCGUAACUUGAAGAAGCUCCAUGUGAACCGUUGUAGGAACUUAUGUGAUCAAGGCUUGCUUGGCAUAAGAAGCGGUUGCAAGAAUCUACAGAUACUGUAUAUGAAUGGGAAUGCGAGGCUGACGUCUACAGCAAUUGAGAUGUUUAAAUUACACAGAGGAGAUGUCACACUCAGGAGUGAAGAGGUUAUGGUUAUAGGACCAGAUUGGAGACUGUACACACGAGGAUGA